AUGAGCUGCUACUAUGGCAACUACUAUGGUGGGCUGGGCUAUGGCUAUGGUGGCCUAGGCUGUGGCUAUGGCUGUGGCUAUGGUGGCUGUGGAUGUGGCUAUGGUGGCUGUGGAUGUGGCUAUGGUGGCUAUGGUGGCUAUGGUGGCUAUGGUGGUUAUGGCUAUGGAUGCUGCCGCCCACUCUGCUACAGAAGAUGCUGGUCCUAUGGAUUCUACUGA